UAAGGCCCUAUGUCGAUGUAACAAACUGGGAGGAUUCCUACACGUAGUGUGAGGUCCAGGCCUUUCAACUAAAAUUUUGGGAGUGUUUACCACAAGAACACCACCAAAAAUGUGGCAAAAGUCCUGUGGUAAAAAAGUCAUGGUCAUUAUGUCUGGGCUUAGGUAAUUUUUAGUUGAUUAUUAUUAACAACUCUUGUCAGUACUGUGAGGUGACUCUGUAAAGUAAGGCAUAACUGAACUUUUCUAAUUACAAUUUGUUGAAAAAAGUCAUGCAUGUCAUGCUAUACAAGUCAUGAUAGAGAAGUAAAAAAUACAUGUCAUACAUAGUGUGCAUGAUAUACUAUGCAUGGUAUAGAUAUAACCAUAUUAUAGAUAUGACUGAAGUACAUCUCACCUCUGCAUAAAACCAUUUUGAGGCUAACAGUGUAAGUCCAUUUAUUAUGGUCAGUCCACUCAGGAUCACCAAGUAUUACUUGUGAGCCAGCACUGUAGAACACUAGCUCCCACCUCCUCACUCACACCUGCACCCACCAUGGCUGAGUCCCACCAGCCGCUGCUACCGCCCAAUACGACUGUCGACACCGGCACCCCGCUGCCCAGCGGCCGCUGCGCGCCCCUGUACGUGCUGACCUUCCUGAGUGCCAUUGGCGGCUUCCUCUUCGGCUACGACACGGGCGUGGUAUCUGGCGCCAUGGUGCUCGUGCGCGCCGAGUUCAGGCUCUCGGACACGUGGCACGAGCUGAUCGUGGCCGGCACGGUCGGCUCAGCGUGGCUGCUCUCGCUGGCGGCCGGGCCGCUACUGCUGGGCCUGCUGGCGGUGCCCGAGUCUCCGCGCUUCCUGCUGGGCCGCGGCCGGCGGCGCGAGGCGGCCGCCGCGCUGGCGCGGCUCCGGCCCGCUGAUUUCCCCGUCGACCUCGAGCUGCAGCGGAUCGGGGCGCAGUGUGCGCGCGAGGCGCGCCGCCGUCCGCCCGCUGCUAGCCUGCUGGUCGAGAUGCUGCGACGGCCGACCGUGCGCCGCGCGCUUCUGCUCGGCUGCGGUCUGCAGCUGUUCCAGCAGCUGACCGGUAUCAAUACGGUGAUGUACUACAGCGCCAGCAUCAUCCAGCUGGCCGGCGUGCGGGACGUGUCGCUGGCCAUCUGGCUGGCCGCUAUCACCGCCGCCGUCAACUUCGUCGGCACACUUGUCGGCCUGGUGCUGGUAGAGCGGCUGGGCCGUCGGCCGCUCACACUGGCCAGCCUGCUGGGCGCGGCACUCUCGCUGCUGCUGCUGGCCGGCGGCUUCCUGUUGAACGCGGCCGAGUCGCCGCCGGUGGUGGCGCCGCCCGGGUCGCCAGACUGCGACCGAGCCAACUGCGCCGGCUGCCAGGCGUGUCCGGCAUCGCGCUCCUGGCUGGCCGUGCUCGGGCUCUGCCUGUACCUGAUCUGCUUCUCGCCCGGCAUGGGCCCGAUGCCCUGGACGGUCAACGCCGAGAUCUACCCGGCGUGGGCGCGCGGCACCGGCAGCGGCCUGGCCGCCUCCUGCAACUGGCUGGCCAACUUGGCCGUGUCGCUGACGUUCCUGACGCUGGUGCACGCGCUGGGACGCGCCGGCGUGUUUUUCCUGUACGCUGGCCUGGCCGCCGUCGGCUGGAUCGUGUUCUUCCGGUGGCUGCCCGAGACGCGCGGCGUCCCGCUCGAGGACAUGGCGGUGCUGUUUGGCGGCGAUGGCGACGACCCGCCCCUGUCCGAGGAUGAUCAUGGCGCAGACGGACUGCUGCAAGAGGAUCCGCUAGAGCCACCUGACGACGGCCAGUUUGAAGAAUAACCAUGACGACCGGCCGGCCUGAGGGAGCCGGCAACGCUGCAAAGUCGCCGCGGUGGUCACUGGUGAUGGUGCGGGGAGGCCGCGGAGGGGACGGAAAGAGUCAAGGAUAACCUCGGAAACCAAAGUAUUUUUAUACAAACAGGGCCAAGCAUGCGAAGUUCUGCGGACUGCGAACAAAUGCACGGAGUACGCGAACGGAUAACAUUAAUGGAAAUACAGACAUUGAUAGUACUUCUGUCAACCAAGGACAAAUAUACCGUCAAUUUUGUCGUGCGUGGGGCGGACGAGGUCGGGCCUUUAUACGGGCAUCUGUGUGCAGGAUUGUGUCUGAUUUGUAAGGAGGUAGUGUUGUUCCGGGUACCUGAUGUCAGUGCUUCCGCGGCGCUCGGCCUGUCGAAGGGUUGUCGUCCAGCGCCGCGCCAGUGUGUUGUGAUACCAGCUGCUGAUGUGAUCUCCGCUGCGUUCGUCGCGCCCCGCCGCCGAAUCGCGGCCACCACGCUAUAAACACGUCUUCUCUUUGGA